GAAAGAGGGACAGCAUGGCGGGGGGGCCGACAGCAGUGUCACAGAGGCAGGGGGACAGCCGUGGAGAGGGGACACGGCCCGCAGGGAGACGUUCCGGGAAGGGGAACAUCCCAGGAAAGGGACAGCCUGGGGACACUGGAGGACACCACGAGGGGACAGGAUGCUCGGCAGAGCCCAGGGAUAUCCCCGCCCGGGCACUCUGGGGACACCGUCGGGGAGCAGCGCCGGGAGUUGCCGGGUGACUGUUGCCACCCUGAGGGCCCCGGGGACACCCCGAAGGACACGGCGCCGCCGCCACCGCCGGGACCGGAGGGGAGAGCCCCGCUGCUGGAGCCCCGAGAGCACCGGGACCGGCACCGACAGACACCGGCACCGACACCCGAACCGCCGCCCCUCUGUCACCAGGAUGCUCUCGACGUCCCAGCCGAGCCCGGAGCGGGUGCCCAGCCCGGAGGAGCAGGAGUGGGCAGGGCCCGAGGCGCUGUGCCCGGGCUGGCUGGAGGAUGAGGCCCCCGAUGGCGAAGUGCCCGGGCACAGCGGGGACCCCGACAGUGCCACCCACGCCUACGAGCAGCUCCAGAGCGCCCUGUGCCAGGAGGGGCUGCCCCCCACGCUGGACUGCUCCGCGGAGCCCCGCACGGGAUUUGGCCUGCUGGACAUGACUGUUUGCAUCCUGGGCUCCCCCAUCCCCUUCCUGCCUGUCCUGCUGGAGGGUGGCACCCGCUGCCCAGGUGCCAUGGUGCUGUGCCUGUCCCCCGCCUGGGCCAGCCGGGUGCCAUCGGAGACGUCCCCAGGCGCCUGGUCCCUGCUGCUCUCCCAGGGCGUCUCCUUCAAGGCGGGGGGGCACAGCGCCCUGGAGACCUUCGUGCCCCCCCGCCGCGCCAACUACGUGACCGGCACCUUCGCGCCGGGGGACCCCGAGGGCGGCUGGGUGGGCGAGCUGGCCCGGGACCUCGACUGCCCCACGGGGGGCUCGGCCCCGCUCGCCCACCGCCUCGAGGACACGCUGGUGGCCCGCUGGGUGCUGGCGGCCAGGGGGGACCUGCCCGUGCCCCCCACGCUGGCCUUCGUCCUGUCGGCCAGGGGGGACCUGCCCGCCGAGCCCGCGGCCCCCGGGGUGAGGCUGGUGCGGCUGGAGGACCCGCAGGGCCAGCAGAGCCUGGUGCAGGAGGAGGUGGGCGCCUUCCUGGGGGGCACCGCCAUGGAGCCCUACAGCCAGGUGGUGGUGCGGCCGGCGGGGUGGCGGUGGCGGGGGACAGGCACCCGCAGCACCCACAGGAAGGAGGAGGGGGCGGCGGUGGUGCAGGCGGUGAGUGCCCGGCUCCGGGGGCUGACGGAGGAGGACAGCGUCCUGCUGGAGGCCACGGUGCCCACCGCCCGCCUGCCUGUGCCCCCCCCACGCAGCCCAGCCCCGCGGCUGCCCAUGGCCCUGCGCAUCUGCACCCUCGUCUGCAGGUCCUGGGGGGACCGGCCCCAGCUCUGCCAGGUGGCCUGCGCCGUGGGACGCGCGGAGAGCCCGGUGCGCCACGGCGCGGCGCUGCCCCAGGGCCUGGACUCCAGCCUGCAGCAGUGGGGGGUGGCGGCCCCCGGGCAGCGGCAGGCGCUGGCCAGGCGGCUGCGGGAGGCGGCCGAGGCCGCCAUGGGCGCCCUCCUGGCCACCGAGGCCGAGCUGAGCUCGCAGCAGCGCGGCGGCACCCGCGCCCGCACCGACAUCCUGGGCGUGGAUUUCCUGCUGGCGUGCGUGGAUGAGGCGCUGGAGCUGGUGGCCCUGGGCACCAACAGCCAGCGGUGCCUGGAGACCUGCGCGCUGGCCGAGGCCAUGGGGCGCGGCGUGGGCGAGCCCCGCGGGGAGCUGCCGCGGCUGCUGGCCGAGGCCGUGCUGCACCGGGCUCAGUGUCACCUGGUCGAGGGCAAGGACAUCCUGCUCAUCGGGGCCGGCGGCGUCAGCAAGAGCUUCGUGUGGGAAGCGGCCCGCGACUACGGGCUGAGGAUCCACCUGGUGGAGUCGGACCCGGAGCACUUCGCGGCGGGGCUGGUGCAGACCUUCCUGCCCUACGACAGCCGGGAGCACCGGCGGGACGAGGAGCACGCGGAGCGGGUGCUGGAGCUGCUGCGCUCCCGGGGGCUGCGGCCGCACGCCUGCCUCUCCUACUGGGACGACUGCGUGGUGCUGGCGGCCCUGGUGUGCCAGGGGCUGGGGCUGCGCGGCGCCCCGCCCGCCGCCGUGCGGGUGGCCAAGCAGAAGAGCCGCACGCACCGGCACCUGCAGCGCUGCCGCCGCGGCCGCCCGCCGCCCGCCGCCUUCGCCGUGCCCUGCCGCCGCCUGCAGAGCCACGGCGACGUGGAGCGGGCGGCCGGAGCCGUGCCCUUCCCCGCCGUGGCCAAGCUGGAGUUCGGCGCGGGCGGCGUGGGCGUGCGGCUGGUGGAGAACGCCGGGCAGUGCCACGCUCACGCCGCCCGCCUCUGGAGGGACCUGCGCGACGACGCCGACCACCCGGGCAUCGGGCUGGGCUGGGGCAACGCCAUGCUGCUCAUGGAGUACGUGCCGGGCACCGAGCACGACGUGGACCUGGUGGUGUUCGAGGGGCGGCUGCUGGGCGCCUGGGUGUCGGACAACGGCCCCACGCGUGUCCCCGCCUUCCUGGAGACGGCGGCGUGCCUGCCCUCCUGCCUGCCCGCCGACCGGCAGGCGCAGCUGGUGCGGGCGGCGCUGGAAUGCUGCCGGGCGUGCGGGCUGCGCGACGGCGUCUUCAACGUGGAGCUGAAGCUGGGGCCGGCGGGGCCGCGCCUGCUGGAGAUCAACCCGCGCAUGGGGGGCUUCUACCUGCGCGACUGGAUCCGCGAGGUGUACGGCCCCGACCUGCUGCUGGCCGCCGUGCUGGUGGCGCUGGGCGUGCCGCCGGUGCUGCCCGCUCGCCCCGCGGCCCGCACGCACCUGGCCGGGGUGAUGUGCCUGGCGUCGGAGCACGGCGAGAGCCUGGCGGGCGGCGGGGGCAUGGAGGCGCUGCGGGAGCUGCACGGCCGCGGGCUCGUCCGCCUCAACCGGCUCUUCGAGGAGCCCGAGGGUGCCGGCGAGUACGAGGAGCCGCUGCUGAGCGUGGCGUGCGCCGGGGCCACGCUGGCCGAGGCCUGCGAGCGCCUGCUGGGGCUCUGCCAGGGGCUGGGCAUCGACUCCCCGCGAUAUCCCGUGGAGCAUUUCUUGUCGCACUUCAAAUAGCGCCGGGCAGGCAGCGGGGAGAGCGGGGGAAUGGGUGACCCGGCACGGCCCGGCACCGCCUCCCGCCGCCCCGCCGCCCCUCCCCGGCAUCCCCCCGGCUCCCUCCGUCCCGUUGUGCCCCCUCCCUUGGCUUGGCACCCCGGAUCCCAGUCACCUGCCCUGCCACUCCAUUGCCUGGCAUUCCCCUUUAUCCUGGCAUCCCGUCCCUUGGCAUCACCUCACUCCCCUGGCAGCCCACCCCCUGGCAUCCUGACAUCCCAUCCACUGGGAUCCUCCUGUUAACCUGGCACUCCACCCCCUGGCAUCCCAAAACCCCAUCUCCUGGCACCCCCCACUACUCUGACACCCCAGUUCCUGGCAUCCCCCCUAUCCUGGCACCGUAUUCCCUGGCAUCCCCUUCCAUCCUGGCACUUGAUCCUUCAACCACACUGACACCCCCACCCUAAGAUUCCCCCUCUCCCAGUCCAGGCACCCCAAUCAUUCCCUGGCAUCCCGUCAUUACCGUGGCACCCCAUCCCCCUC